AUGCCUCUCAUUUAUAACCUCUGUCGUCUUGCUUUCUCAACUUGUCCUGAUUGUCUUUUUGUAUGUCGAACUGUCUCUCUGUACUACCUAUUUCAGAUCAGAAAUCUGCGCGCAACGCCCUACAAGACGAGCAUUCACCUCACCUGGUCCGUCAUCUACCGGCGAGUCUCGAUUGACCCUCCGUCAGGCGACCAGCCAAACGUCGUCCGACGAGGCGCCACAAAGUCAUCAGACGCUUGGCUGGACAGGUUUGGCCACAGCGAAACUAAGGCUACAGGCCCGUCGGUGUCCGAGGGUGGCAAGCAGAUGAGUCUGGUCGACUGGCCUCAACUGUCCGAUGCCCCAUUCACAACGGCCGCCAGGCACACCUCAGAAGCUCGGGCCAACUGGAGCUCUGUGACAGGCCGAUCGGCGUCUUUGCAGACACAGCGUCACCUUCGUCACCAGAUGGCUUGGCCUCGCCGAGAAGUUAUCGAAACUCGACAUUCCAGUCUCCAAGGGGCCCAGGAGCGCAGGCAGCGACAGGGCAGUUUGGACACCGUGACUACGUCGUCCGAACGACAGAUCGUUGUUCUCGGGUUGGCAGAAGAGAAGACUGUUGAACCGGAGGGUGGGCUCAGAAAACGACGCCAGGCGGAGGAGGACGAGACAACAGACAUCACAGCGUUGGUCCGUCUUCGGACACGAUUGAAGGCUCGUUGA